GCGCACGUGGCGAAGCAACGCCUCUCGCAUCAGGUCGCAACGAUGUCGAAUACAAUUCUAGCAAUGCUCUCCUUCUCGGCCAUCCAAUACCCUCCUUGAAUUAAUAUUAUUCUGUACAUAUCUUGCCAAAACGAGAUCAAAGAUAGACAACUACCCAAGUCACCAAAGAUGUCGGAAUUUCUGGGAUUAUUGGCAAUGUCAGCGGUGCUGGCCAUUGCAUCGUUUGGAAUUGGCUCACUACCGUUGUUCUUCACUUUCUCUCGAACAACACUGGCCAAAUUGUCUACGUUUGGUACAGGGUUGCUCCUUGGAACAGCCCUCGGUGUAAUUAUACCAGAAGGCGUUGAAGCAGUAGUGCUCUCCAGUGACUCAACAAUUGGCUUCCCAAAACGAGCAAUCGCAGCUCCCCUUCUCUUCGGAUUCAAGUUCAUGCUCAUCUUCGAGCGUAUCCUCGACGCACGCACCUCUCACGCCCACCCUACUGCGCAUUCACCGCUACCCACAUAUAAUCCCUCCACUGAACCUCCAAGAUCUGCUCGAAUGUCCGCAGGAGAGAAUGGACAGAUAGAGUUUGACGUCGAGCUAGGUGCACUAGAAGAAUCCGAAGGCAUGCCAGCGGACACUGAAGAUCAUGCACACCGACAUGCUCAUUAUGAACCUCCGAGUGAUAUUGAAGGGAAGAAAAAAGCGUACCCCGUGACUUUGGGUCUCAUUGUACAUGCUUUGGCCGAUGGAUUGGCUUUGGGAUCUUCUGCUUUUAGUAGUGAUUCGGCUGCACAUCCUGGUCUAUCGUUCAUCAUUUUCCUGGCGUUGAUUGUACAUAAAGCCCCCGUUGCGCUCGCCUUGUCAACGUCGCUACUGUCGACGUCUCUAUCGCGUUCCGAUUGUCGGAAGCAUCUGGCUGCUUUCAGUAUAUCGACACCAUUUGGUGCACUCGCUUCAUUCGCCGUAAUGAAGUUCCUGGACUUUGGCCAGCAUGACACCUGGCCAGGGCUUGCCCUUCUAUUCUCUGGUGGUACGUUCCUGUAUGUUGCUACAGUAUUGCAACCAGGGAAAUCUACUUCAGACGAGCUCAGUCACAGACAUCGUCUGAUAUUGACUAUCCUUGGAAUGAUUGUUCCAAACCUUAUAUCGACUCUGUUCGGUGACGUGCAUUGAGUAGCGAUGUUAUUAUAAUACAACCUAUCUGUUGUACAAUGACUAUAUAUUAAAUCUGCAGCGUCAAGUGUAUGGACCAGAAGGCGGAAUACCAGUUGUCAGCAAACUUGAAAGACUCGCUCUCUUCGGGCAUUAAAAUUAUUCGUGUCCG